AAUCUAUCUAUAUAAGUGUCCCCAAGAACCCCACAACCAUUUCUAGCUACUCCCCCUUCUCCAAAACUCUCAAAAAAAUUCCUUAAUUCAUCUUCUCUCAUUACACACCAAACUAUAUCUAGAUCGAUACAGAUCAAGAAGUCAUAUCAUCAGCACCACCACCACACCAUCAUCAGCUAUAAGGAAAAAAAAAGGUUUGUAACAAUUGUGACAAUCUCAUCAAAUUGAAAAUCUCAUAUCAUCAUCGCCACCAAAAUAACCAUUAUCUAUUUUGAAACCCAAAAUGUCUACACCUACAAUUAGAUCAAGACCUACCGUGCCCACGAAGGAACCAUCAAUAAAGGCCUCCGACUCCGCAACCCCCAAUGUUGACCAAGACGCCCUAAACCCCUCACUACAACGCCAACCAUCUAAACAACAACGAGCAACACAAAGCCUAACAAGCACGGUAGCCAACCUAGCCAACCUCCUCCCCACGGGGACUCUUCUAGCAUUUCAACUUCUCAUGCCAGUCUUCACACAAAAUGGAUCAUGUGACUCCGCCACACGCGCCAUGACGCUUGUCCUCCUCGCCCUCCUUGCCCUCUCAUGCUUCCUCGCUUCCUUCACUGACAGUGUCAAGAACUCGGAUGGACAAGUCUACUAUGGCCUUGCCACCUCCAAAGGGUUGUGGCUGUUUGAUUGUCCAGACCUUACUUUUAAAGCCUCGGCAGCAGCUGAUGUAAAUAAGAAAAGAGAGUUUCGUGAUUGGCUACAUGCAGUUGUAUCUGUAUUGGUGUUUGGUGCUGUGGCUUUGAGAGAUAAGAAUGUUGUGCAAUGCUUUUACCCAACGCCUGGGAAGGAGACUCAAGAGGUUCUAAACAUUGUUCCAAUUGGUAUUGGGAUCAUUUGCAGCUUGUUGUUUACAGUAAUUCCCACCACAAGGCAUGGCAUUGGUUACCCUGUUACACCUGGCAAAUAAUUCUUCAUUUUUUUUCUAUAAUUAUUUUUAUUUUCUUGACCAUUUUAAUUUUGUAUACUUGCUUUAGUUGGAAGAAAGUGUAAGAGAUACGAUUACUUUGUUUCAUUAACAACAAUAAAAAUUAGUUCA